AUGAUUGCUGAACUGUUUUUACGCACUACGGGUAUCUCUUUGCUCCGUCAUCAUUAUCGUGAGCAUCCUCCUUAUGGCGAGGCUGAUCAGCGAUCUGCUGGGCUCCUAGGGGAAGUGUCGAAUGAUGACGAUGAAGAGUCUAUCAGCAGUAUGAGCUCCUCUGAGGAGCGAGAUCUUAUGGUUUCCAGUACGGAACUGCAGGAUUCAGAGCCCUUGCAUUUCUCGACUAUAGACGGUGAUGACAACACUGAAGGUGUGGAUCUGACCACCAUCUCAGGGGGCUUACCGAGGAUAUACCAUCAUACCCAGAUAGGGCAGUGCUUGGUUGACGUCUUGCACGACUUGAUGGCGGAGGGUAAGGCAUCUUUAGAGGAUAAAGAAGUGGCCCUCAAUAUUCUAGAGGAGGAAUUCCAAUUGGCCUUUAAAAACUUAUAUCCGGGAGUACUGGACAACAACUCUAAGGGUCGCGGAAAAGGUAGUAAGAAGCGGAAACGGAAGGGGAAGCACAAUUCAGCAGAGCAAGGAGAAGGUUUUGUGGAUCAAGAUAUAUUAUCCAUUCUCCGGGACGAUCCUUUGUUCUCAAGAGAGGAUAGAGGCUCGAGUACUCAUCAACUGCAGAGGUCUGACGGGGUCCAUGCCCAGCGAGGUCAGACUACUCAGAUGGCACUAGACCGAGGAGCUACUACGAUGAGUGGCUACAUCGAUGCCUCUCAGUACGAGGUGGGGCAUGGAAGUUUACUGGUCGGCUUGAUGAAAUGGGUUCUCUCAGGAAUGCCAAUUAGCGUUCUUUGCCUCGAACUACACACCGAUUCCGAGAUACUUCGUAUAAGGGUUGAUCCCGAGGAACUCCAGACCUACGACAAGCUCUGCUAUUCUAUAUGGAUGAGGAUGACCGUCAUGGGUCCGACCCAUGACGGUCAUCACGAUGACGAGUUCUGCCUUCUUAACGAUCUGGCACUUCCCGAUGCGGCAGCAUUUACUGAGGCUAAGGGAACGAUUUUCAAUUCCGUGGCUCUACUGGAUCUCUGCAUUGAUGUCGAUGGUGGUAGCUACUCGAAGAUCUCGACUACAUGA